GUAGGUUUUUAGGAAAUUGCCUUAAGAAUGCUGCUCUUCAUUUUAUCUUCAUACAUAAGCUACGUUUUGCAGAACAGGAACACUCUGAUUCAUGGCCAAGAAACAAAUGAUCCUCCAAUAAUAUCUGUUAUGCCAAGUAAAAUAGUGGCAGGAGAUAAUGUGACAAUACGAUGUGAGCAAACAAUGCACAGCCAAAAAGUACUUCUGUAUAAAAAUGGAAAACCCUUCUUGGAACAGCAAUCGGAUGGACAAGCUGUUGAAUUUCAUAUAACCAAUAUAAAGCUAAAAGACCAAACAAAUUACUUCUGCAUGAGAAAAUCAGAUUCCAGAUUAAGCGACAGCAUCUACAUUAAGGUACAAGGAAAACCACAGAACUCAACAACGAAUAAUGUGCCACUCGACAUCACCACCAAAAAUGAAGACUAUAUAUGGAUCUUUUCCACGACAUUAGUAGAUCCGUCCUCUUCAGAUCCAUUCACAGUUUCCUAUUAUCCAGAGAACAAUGGAACCAUCACACAAGAUGUUGAUUACACCACUAUAAACAUAAUUCGCGUCACAAUAGCUGCCGUUUUGUUUUUGUUUAUAAUUGCUGUUCUAAUGGAAUAUUUCUGCUACAAUAAGCGCAAAAAGAAACAGAAGUUUGAAGCAACUCAAGAGUUGUACCUUGAGGACCGUUAUAUUUACAGUUAAAAAAAAAACAAAAAAACUUUUUUUCUCUAAGGGAAUUUUAAUCGUCUGAGUUUGUCAUAUAAAAUGUUUAUCUAUAUGUAGUAAAAAAGAAACGUUGCAAUAUAA